CUCUAAAUGCAGUGCAAAGGAAAAACAGAGUAUUAAAGGAGUCGGCCUAUUCCGUUUCUCAAUUCUCAAUUCUCAAUUGGAUUUCUGCAGAUUCUUGUUGUAGCAAUCUAUGGCUACAAUUGUUCUGCUGUUGCUGUUCUUCAUGAUUAGAGUGGGAGCGGCCGAUCCCCAGAUCAAUUUGCUAAACAGCGGAUGCAGUCAGUACAACGUUACUAACUUCGCCAAUUUCUUAGCCAACCAGAACGAUACGUUUGCAGAUUUAAGGAGCCAGCUUCUCAAUGGAACCGGAAAGUGGUUCGCGACUGCCCAACGGUCUAGAUCGUCGGAUCCAGUCCACGCAAUGAUUCAGUGUCGGAAUUACAUGUCCAUGUCGGAUUGUGUCGAGUGCUAUGACGCCUCUGUAAUUCAGAUACGCAAAUGCGGUGCAGCUAAUGGAGCCCGAGUCGUCUACGACGGUUGCAUCAUCAGGUAUGAAAGCAACCUUUUCUAUGACCAGACAACACUUCCGGGUAACUUUGGCGUUUGCGAUAAUCGCACUGCAUCAAGUGUAACUGAUUUCGGGACAGCGGUUGACAGUCUCUUAUCAGAUUUACAAGCUGCAACACCAAGAAUAAAUGGAUACUUUGCAGCAGCCGAGAGAGAAGUGAAUGGUGACAGUGCGACGAAGAUCUAUGCGAUAUCCCAAUGUGCUGAAACUAUCAGCCCGAGUGGUUGCCAAGAUUGCUUGAAAGUGGCUUAUGGCAACAUCCAGGCCUGUCCCCCUGCUAUCGGUGCCAGAGCUGUCGACGCCGGUUGUUUCUUAAGGUACUCGAACACUGCUUUUUUUGCAGAUAAUCAGACGAUUGACAUCAAGCCCUUCCUUCCAAGUACUGGCCGCGGUUCAAGCAAGAAAGCCAUAAUCAUAGGAGGAGUGGUCGGCGGUGGAGGUGGCCUUCUUCUUCUGCUCCUUAUUGUGGGUUUUAUAUGGUAUCGGCUUUCCAGAAAAACAGAGCAACCGCGUAGAGGAAAUAUACUUGGAGCUACUGAGUUACAAGGACCAGUGAGUUUUGGUUACAAGGAUCUGAAAACUGCAACCGAUGGUUUUAGUGAAAAGAAUAAGCUUGGAGAAGGGGGUUUUGGGGAUGUUUACAAGGGGACAUUGAAGAAUGGAAACAUAGUCGCGGUGAAAAGACUAGCCUUAAGUUCUGCUAGAGCAAAGGCGGAUUUUGAAAUCGAAGUGAAGCUUAUAAGUAACGUUCACCAUAGGAAUCUUGUUCGUCUUCUAGGUUGUUCAAACAAAGAACCUGAAUUACUGCUUGUCUACGAGUACAUGGAGAAUGGAAGCUUGGACAAGUUUUUGUAUGGUGACAAGAAAGGUACAUUGAAUUGGAAACAACGAUUCAAUAUCAUUUUUGGAAUGGCGAGAGGCCUUGCUUACUUACACGAUCAAUAUCACGUAUGCAUCAUCCAUCGAGACAUUAAGUCUAGCAAUAUUCUCCUCGACAGUGAUUUCCAAACUAAAAUAGCAGACUUCGGGCUAGUGAGGCUUCUACCCGAAGACCAAACUCAUAUUCACACCAGAUUUGCUGGAACAUUGGGAUACACAGCACCAGAGUACGCUGUUCAUGGGCAGUUAUCUGAGAAGGUCGAUACUUAUAGCUUUGGCGUGGUUGUACUCGAAAUUGUGAGUGGUUGUAGAAGCAGCGACAUGACGGUUGAACCCGUGACAGAAUAUCUACUUGAAAGGGCGUGGAAGAUGUAUGAGGAAAACAUGCACAUAAAGUUGGUGGACGAGAGUUUGGACAUGAAUGAAUUAAAGGAAGAAGAGGUGAAGAAGAUCAUAGAGAUUGCUUUGAUGUGUACUCAAUCCCCGGUUUCUAUGAGGCCUACAAUGUCGGAGGUUGUUCUUCUUUUGAGCGAAAGAUCUGUUGAGUUCAAGAAACCGUCAAGGCCAACAUUCAUUGAAAGUGAACGGAGGCUUCGUGGAGACACUUCGAUAUCGAGUGGCUCAACUAAUACAGCUGCUACGGCCUCCUUCACCGAGUUCACAGGACGUUAGUUGAUGGUUGCCCAUUAAUAAUACUUUACAUUGUUUCUAAGUAGUAUUUAAAUAAAAUGCAACUACAUGUACUGUUUUGUUUUAUUUUAUACACUAUGUAUGCAUUAUAAUUUCAUGAACUCUUGUAACCUGAAGAUAUAUUUUCUCUUCAAUGUGGGCUGGGCUGCUAGCUGUAAAAU